GUGUGUGUAGAUGCUGGAGAGCAUGGUGGCCCACCCACGGCCAACUAGAGCAGAGGGCAGUGACGUCGCCAACGCAGUGCUGGACGGAGCCGACUGUGUAAUGUUAUCUGGGGAGACGGCCAAGGGACUGUUUCCUGUGGAGGCUGUAGCAAUGAUGCACUCGAUCUGCAGGGAGGCAGAGGCAGCCAUUUUCCACCAGCAGCUAUUUGAGGAGUUGCGUCGCCUCACUCCGCUCUCCUCUGAUCCCACAGAGGUCACAGCCAUCGGAGCUGUAGAGUCCUCCUUCAAAUGCUGUGCCGGGGCCAUCAUAGUCCUCACCAUCAGUGGCAGAUCGGCACACCUCCUGUCCAGAUACAGACCUCGCUGUCCCAUCAUCGCCGUCACCAGAAGCCCUCAGGUGGCCCGACAGUCCCAGCUGCUGAGAGGAGUGUUUCCCGUCCUCUUCCACCCUCUGCCUGCUCCUGUCUGGGCUGACGACGUAGACGAUAGGGUCGAAUUUGGCAUGGAAAUCGGCAAAGCAAGAGGCUUCUUCAAACCCGGCGACAUGGUGAUCGUGGUGACGGGCUGGAUCCCGGGGUCCGGUCACACUAACAUCAUGAGGGCCGUCAGCGCCCCGUAACGGCCUGAUGGGACCUGGACUCUCUCACUUCUCUGACUUAUAGAGCCUCUGUAAGACUGUUCCUAUGAUGUUGAUGAAAACCAGAGAACCACCAUGAAAAUUAUGACAGAAGCAUCACUGUUACUUCACCUGAAGUGUAUUUUAAGCCACUGAAACUGUCCUCAUGAAGGUUGAAUUUGUGUAUAGUGUGUUUUAAAAGCAAUGACUCCCUCUAAAUAAAACUUGAACCAUCAUUUUAACACCA